AUGACAGGCGGAAAGCUCUCCCACGGCACCAAGGAGCAGUACCCCUGGGGGCGCUACCGCUGGUUAGACUCCCUCCUGGGCCUGCCUACCAAGCGGCAGCGCCUCUUCCUCUCCCACCGCCUCGCCACCUCCCCUCUCUCCAACGCCCUGGGCUGCCUCGUGUUCCUCGGCACUCCCUUCUAUGUCAAGAAGUGGGAAAGGAAUGGAAAGUGGGAGAAGAAUGGAGUGCGGAAUGGUGUUUCUCGCAGCAUUGUCGGGCACGAGAAACUCGCAUUCCCCUACGUCACGCCAUUCCUUGCCUCGGCCCUCAUCUUCUUAACCUUCCGCCCCUUUCCUCCUCCCUCUCUCUCCUGCUCCCUUUCCACCCCAUCAGAUUCGCAUUCCCCUACGUCACACCAUUCCUUGCCUCGGCUCUCAUCCUCGUGUUUGCAACCAUUAGCAUCAGCAUCGAGGUGUCCCACAGUACAGCCUUCUGUAGCAGAAACAUCUACCACUCGCCCGACUGACCUGCUUUUCCAAGCUCUAACUCUCUUCUUAUUGAUGCAACCUCUCAUCACCGCACUGCACCCCUCAUCCCUCCAGCUGUCCCGCAGCACUGCCUUCUACAGCGGAAACAUCUACCACUCGCCGGACUUUGAUUGGUCACAUGCCAUGUCAGCACUGGUUGUCCACGCUGGCAAGCUGGAUGAGGUGAGAUUGGAUGGGGUGAGAUUGGAUGCGGUGAGAUUGGAUGGGGUGAGAUUGGAUGCGGUGAGAUUGGAUGGGGCAAGCAUGGCACUGAGUUCCGAGCCUAUCGCCCGAGCCUAUGUCUUCCCGCACCUGGCGAACAUGCUGAAGCUGCCCUUCUGGAAGCCCCUCCCCCAGUUCCCACCUCACGACGCCGUGCCUCUCGACUGGCUGCUCUACAUCGCAUCCUUCGGCCGCAUUCUCCUCUGGAACAUCAUCUUCAUCCUCCCUGCUCUCAUCCUCUCGUUACUGUCACACAUCGUGGCGCCGCUGGUGAUAGGCGCGGUGAGGAACGUGAUUGUGGUGAUCAGCUUCGGGCUCGCGCAGAACGAGCUGAGCUUUGCGCAUGUCUUCAUGGACGAGAUUCUCGACCUGGGGCUCUCCUCCCAACACGUGGAGCACUGGAACGUGCAGGUGCUCCACCUGGGGCCCUCCUCCCAACACGUGGAGCACUGGAACUUGCAGGUGAAGGGAUGGUGGGUGCAGGUGAAGGGAUGGUGGGUGCAGAACAAGUUGAGCUUUGCUCAUGUGUUUGUGCAUGAGAAACUUCUGGCGCUGGCCAAGACGCGCUCUUUGCAGGGGGAGCUGAUGGCGGGGUAUGAGGAUGACACCUGUGACAUGGGGGAGGCUGUAUUUGAGGAGGGGCUACUCGGGGAGGGGCCAAGAGAGAGUGAGGUGGAGGGGAAGACACGUGGACAGGAGCAGUUGCUUUACGAGUAUUUAUGGGAUGAUAAGGAGCUGGAUGAAGCUGCUGCUAAGUGUCUUACUUACCAAUGUCUUGAGCCGGAAAUUAACAAGAUGUGGAAGAACCCGCGCCUUACCCCGCAGCAGUUUGUUCGGCAGAUUAAGCAGCUGUGUGUGAUGAUUGAGGACCGAUUCUCAGAGCUCACGGGUAAGUUCGACCUGAAUCAUGGGGCGUAUUUCAGAGAUCCCCGGAUUUUGGGGGUUGUUGCACAUUUUUUGGAGUUCCGGGAGCUUCCGGAGUGGUCCAGAGAGAUUGAUGCCGAUGUUAUGAGGGCUGAACGCAUGGUGCAUUCGGGCUAA